CGACUUUGUUCUUGGGUUGAUUGUCACAUAUACUCGACAACAGUACUGCGUUGAACCCCACUCCUUGUCUUGCAUGUGCUUUGUUCUAAUGUGGUUGAGCGUAGAUGCAGGAUGUUGCAAGAGCUUGUGAACGUGUUUACAUGCAUAUGCGACAACUGAUUAUGAAAGACAAAAGAGGUUCGAACGAGCAACUGCACAAUUACAUGCAGAAUGAUACGGAAGAUCGGAUCAAACCGCGUGCGACCGGAUCAUACGAAUUAUGAGGGUGGAGAAGCCUUGACAAGCAAGGCAAUGAUAUGAUCAACGCACAUUGCCGAAUCGCUCAGUACUUUAUCAUCAUGUCCCGACGCGCGAGACUGUUUUCUGAAUUCCUCGAGGAAUCUGACCCUUCAGGCAAGAGUCAUGUUCCAGAGCUCCUGGGGCAGCCCCAUCAGCGACCUCCGUCGCACCAGGUUCCAUUCGUGCACUUUCGCUUCCCGACUAAUAACAUCGUCCCUAAAGAUAUCCAUGUUCACAAGCGACGCAAGUCGGCACGCUCCAAUCUCAACACGCGCUUCGACCGUUUGGUCGAAAGCAUGAACGUCAUCCACCUCUCGCCCAAGAAGCAGCACACCCGCAGACGUGCUCACUCGACGUCGUCCACCUCCGGCAGCAGUGUCCCGCGCACUCCUAUCGACGAGUACUACGACGACAUUCAUACUGCAGGUGAGCGCCUGGGCUCCGACUUCUCGAUGAUCAAGAUGGGCGGCUCGACACACCAGCCGAAGAAACAGCGCAUGAAGAAACUCGUUGAGGUGUCACCACGGGAUCUGCUGCAAGAUUCGUCCUCUUCAGAUCUAAAUGAGGCGCUCCCACAGACAAAUCUGCACAAUUUGACGCCUCUCCCUCCAUGGCUAGCAUCCACAUUUUCGAAGCUCAACACCAAUCAUCCUCUACGUCUACUUUUACCACAAGAUGAAAACCAGCUCGACUUGAACACUCACUCCGUUCCUAAUUCUACGACGCAUACAUCCGAUCCUGCUCGUGUGCCUGCUCCUGCUCCUGCUCGUGUGCCUGCUCUCCAGGAAAGCUUUCGUAGUGAAUCAGCACGCGAUGAGCAACAACUCGAACAUCCCUUCUCUUUCUCGGUUCCGGAUGAACUCAAUACACCUGACGUGCUCGAUCAAGCUGUCAAGAUCCAUUCUGACCUCCCUCUUCCAGAAGAACUGCUCUCAUUGCCCGCUGACGGACAUGCUGAUACUCCAGCGCCCUUCUCUACUCGAGGACCGCAGUUCUCCGACCUCUCUGAUUCGAAUGUCGCACGUCCGGACAUCUAUGGCCGGGCACUCCAUACCAUCGAUCCUGCUCUAGAAACACCUCUCGGGCUCGACACUCCGCUUCUAGUGCAAGAUAAUGAGAAACACUCCCUCGUGUCCCAGCAACCAUGGGUCCUGCUUCCUCGAUACUCCACUCCUCCGCCCCGAGUAUAUGAGCAUUUGAAACCAACAACAUUCCACAAUCUGCAUCCUUCGGACGCAAUAAGCACUCCCGCAAACAAUCAAGCCGAGCUUCCCACCAGCAUAGACAUCGGCGUGCAAGAGCCAUCCAAGGAGUUCACUACCCCUAGUCCGCAGCUGGGGAAUAGGUUCUACGCCCCGCGCCCGAUUUACUACGACUCGCCGGCAGAGGAUCCUCAGAGCUCGUCAGACCCAGUCGAGCCGGGCUACGAGCUGGAGGACCUGGACUUCAAAUGGCAGCCGUUUAUCCGGAAAGACGCAUACAGCGAAGAAGAGCUUUCGGGUCUGGAUGACGACUACCUGUACGAGACGCAAGUCGAACCGGAGCAAGAUCCGGAUGACGACGAGGAUGCAUUGGAAGAGCAGAACGCUGAUUCCCAGGAUGUUAGCAUGAACGAUGUGGCUAUUGAUGAUCCCCAUGCGAACGAGUCUGUAGAGAACGAGACGAUGACGACGACACCUGAGACUCGUCGGAUGCUGCCAACCUCGAAUCGUGGCCCUGCAUUCGCACCUGCUCCCGGGAUUUAUAUCUCGCCGCUCCAGGUUAGCACAACUCAUCUGAUAAACGUAUUGGCCAACCAAGAUGUAGGAACCGGAUGCCACGCAAAUGUCCAAUGAUACUAUUGAGGAGUGGGAUUGAGUCGAUGAUAAUUCUCAGUCGGCAUUAUUUUAAGAGAACCAUUCAGGGAACUGCUGUCAUGGGAAACGAGUGGCAAUUUAAAUACGGUCUUAUGCCUGGCGUACGGAGGGAGCAAAAGAAAUAUGUGCAACAUCGUCUGUCUGAACGACGCGAGCAGGACUUGAACCUGCGCUCGGAAACCGAAACAGAUGGAUAGAACAUUCUAAUCUGUCGCCUUAACCACUC